GAAAUACUACCAUUCAAAACAAAACCAUUGAUUGGAUUUAGUUGAUAGAGCGAAAAAAUCUGAGUGAGAAAGAAAAAAAAACACUCAAAAGUUCAUAUCUAUUAUAAACAGUUAAAAAUGAAGUCGACCAUCGUGAUCCUCUUCACGUACCUUCUCCUCGCUGCGCCUUGCUCCGCUUUAGGAUCGGAGAACACGAAUUCGGACGUAUACGAGAUAGAUUACAGGGGACCGGAGACUCAUAACUCUAGACCUCCGCCGGAGACUCUGCACGGCAAGCGACCGUUCAUCCACCAUAAAACCUCUGCGGCUGGAUCCGCCGGCGCUCAUGUCGGAGGACAGCACUAGAAAGAGAUUUUUUCAAGGAAGAGGAGAGAGACUAAGAAACUGAGAGUGAAAGAGGAAGUAUAUGAGUUUGUAUAAGAUGCAAGUACAUAAUUAUUUAUACAGUAAUACAUAUUUAAUCAUAUGAUCAUCGAUGUCAUCAUGUCCGGUAUUUUCUUCAUGUACCGUUCUAUCUUUUUUUUUGGGUCUGAAUCUCUUGGAAGAAAACUCAAAUUAAUUCGGGUAAUGUGUCGCCAUAUCAAUAUCAGUGUCGUUCUCAGAUC